GUAUUGUUAUAACUUGAUAUGAUUUGAUCGUUAGAAUCAGGGCUAUAAGAGAGAUUUACUUUAUAUCUAUUAUAGUUGUGCCGCAAUAUAUCGAUCAAACCGGUUGUGCCCUGAAGGCGCUGGAAGGAAAUCUGGGGUAGACCGAGUAAGUUUGCGCCAUAACCGUAGCUGAAGCGCCAAAGUAGAUAGUUUUUGACUAAACUAGCCCGGUAACGUGUCUGCUUCCUGUGAGACGCCGUCAGCACGACACGAACGACAUUGGAAUGCCCUGUCGGGCAACACGAACGAUCUUCAUGGCUCGGUUUGAAAAAGUGUCGUUCCGGACUCUUGAUGGAUUGACAUUGCGAGGAAACAUUUACUCACCCACACAGCGGGUUCCAGGUCCCGCAGUGAUUCUACUUCCAGGAUUCAGCUUCGUGAAGGAGGUACUUGUGCCAAAGGCAGCCGAGUAUUUCCAGUCUGCCGGCAUACUAGCCUUGUGCUACGACCCGCGCACGCUGGGUGAGAGUGAAGGAACGCCGAGCCGCGAUAUUGACCCCGCGAAGCACGUGGCCGACUUCCACGAUGCUUUAACUUUUCUGCAAGGUCAUCCUGAAGUCGAUCCCGCUAAAAUCGCGUACUGGGGCUUCUCAUUCAACGGCGUCGUUGCGCUCAAUGCCGCAGCGCUGGAUAGACGUGCAAAGUGCGUGAUCGCCAUUUCACCGCUCACGGAUCUUUCGUAUCCUGAGCGCGAUCUGCAGAUUCUGUACGAGGAUGCAAUGCAAGACCGCGCCGCUCAGAUAGCUGGCGAAAAUCCACGCUAUGUACCCGUCGUACAGAAAGACGGAGCUUGCCCCUUUGGAUGGGGUGCGGGAACUACCACCUAUGAGUACCGUGUCGCCGAACGACUUGCAGCUAUGCUUCCAGGAUACAAGAACGAGAUGACAGUUCAAACGCACUAUCGUAUCUCGACUUGGAGGCCUUACGACUUGAUGCCACUAGUCUCGCCAACACCGGUGAUGAUAGUGACCGCCGGCGACGACUACAUUUCACCUCCGAAGAAGCAGCGCGUGUUAUUCGAUAGCCUCCAAGGCCCUAAAGAAUAUCUUCUGGUUAAGAACAAAGGUCACAUGGACUUGCUAAACGGAGAGGAUUUUGAAUCGAUCAUGGCCAAGCAGGUUCGUUUCCUCCUGCAAAGCACGGUCAAAAGUACGGAAUCGAAGGCUGCAUUGUAACACUGUAGCUCAAGCGAAAAAUAUCUACACAGGCUAGUCUAACUAAGCCAAAAGUCUGCGUGCAUUUUUACCCAUCAAUCAAACCUCAACAAAACUUGCUCUUAACCAUGCCAAAGCUCGCGAAGUGAGUUUACAUGAGCAUGCCGAGCUAAGCGAUAUCCUAUCUUCUCAUGUUUCGUUUAUCGUGAGAGAGACCGUGGAAUCGUGAUCUCGUGGCGUUAUUACUUCCCUGUUUAUCCUUGUUCCUGCAGUACGCCAAUGUGCUUUUCACUAGUCAGUGGUAGGACGCACGGCCACGCCUUUGAACACAUGGCAAGGGGGUCUGACACUCCAUUGUACCCAAUGAAUUGAGAUCAUGUAAGCCGUUUCUGACUUCUAACGUAGCUGCAGAGGAAUUCUUGGCUUGCUACUAAAGCUGUGAUGGU